UAAUAUGCCGCAGGCCUCUGUGCAAAGAUCAAACCGAAACAACCAUUGUUCAAAUUGUCUAGUUCCAUCGGGAGCAGACGAAAACAUGGCGACCUCCAUGCUAACAAAUUGUGUGCGCUUAUUUAACAAACAAUUGAGAAAUGUCAGCCGAUUUUCAACUUCCAUCAAAAGACAUGGAGAGGGAAGACCAGAGGUUAGCCAAGCAGCCACCAUGAUGGAUAUAGGAACUCGAGAGAUUUUUUCUUCUGAGCAUGAUAUGUUUAGACAGAAUGUUCGAAGAUUUUUCCAAGAGGAGGUUGUCCCUCCUCACAGCAAAUGGGAAAAGGAUGGACAAGUCAGCCGAGAGGUGUGGGAGAAAGCUGGUCAGAAUGGUUUGCUGGGUGUCAACGUGAAUGAGGAGCAUGGUGGAAUAGGAGGAGAUGUUCUGUCAACAGCCAUCACAUGGGAGGAACAGAUGUAUGUAAACUGCUCAGGACCAGGGUUUGCUCUUCACUCUGACAUUGUUAUGCCAUAUAUAUCCCAUUAUGGAACGAAAGAACAAAUCGAGAAGUUUAUUCCCAGAAUGGUUGCUGGAACCUGCAUAGGAGCUAUUGCAAUGACAGAACCAGGGGCAGGAAGUGACCUGCAAGGAAUAAGAACAAAUGCAAAGAAAGAUGGCUCUGACUACAUCUUGAAUGGUUCUAAGGUCUUCAUCACAAAUGGCUGGAUGUCUGAUGUGGUCAUUGUUGUGGCGAUCACAAACCCCGAGGCGAAGUCCAAAGCCCAUGGGAUUAGCCUUUUCCUUGUAGAGGAUGGUAUGAAGGGCUUUGUCAAGGGCAGGAAACUGGAGAAAAUUGGAUUUAAGGCUCAGGACACUGCAGAAUUGUUCUUUGAAGAUGUGCGCCUUCCCAAGGAGUCUCUGCUGGGAGAAGAAAACAAGGGAUUCUAUUAUCUGAUGCAGGAGCUUCCACAAGAGAGACUAAUUAUUGCUGGCAUGGGCAUAGCCUCCUGUGAAUGGAUGUUUGAAGAAACCAGAAAUUAUGUCAGACAAAGGAAAGCCUUUGGCAAAACAAUUUCUAAUCUUCAGACUGUCCAGCACAAACUGGCAGAAAUCAAAACAGAGGUAUGUGUGGGGCGUGCGUUUGUGGACCAGUGCCUAAGAAUUCACAAUGAAAGAGGGCUGGACUCUGCUACAGCAUCAAUGGCAAAAUACUGGAUAACUGACCUUCAGAACUCAAUAGCAACACGCUGUCUACAACUACACGGAGGCUGGGGAUACAUGUGGGAGUACCCAAUAGCUCGAGCAUUCGUUGAUUCAAGAGUACAACCCAUCUAUGGAGGCAGCAACGAAAUCAUGAAGGAACUGAUUGCCCGAACCAUUGUCUCUGACAAGUGAACCAAACAAAUCUUUAACUAAACAAAAAAUUCUAUGAAAUAUUCUAUUUUCUCUUAUAAACUUGGUGUAGUGUUAUAUCACUGAUUUCCUCAUUAAUUUGACACCUCAGAUAGGAUUUUUACUCUAAUGUUCAGUUCUGCAUGAAAUUCUGUUAUUGUAUAUUAUAAAAGAUGGAUGCAAUCAGUCUUGCCUUUCAUGACUGAUGAAUGCUGAAGAUUGACAUCGUCAGAGUUCAGAAUGACCAAAUUCAUUAUCAUUGUGUGAUUUAAAGAAGAAUAUACUAGAAACCAAUGAAUUAGGCAACCAUCCUGGGAGCCCAAGUCUGUGAUACAUAAGGAAUUUUUUUUGGAGAUGACACUUAUUUAUAGUACAUGUAUUUAAAAGAUCCUGAUCAUUGCUCUCCAAUGAAUUGAAGCCUCAGUGCAUAAUAAAACUGUUUCAACAAGUCUGACGGAAAAUUCCAAAUUGUAUGAUUUCCGUAUUGAAAUUAAAUCUAUGUAUUGAUA